GUCUGUUUGUUACUGUGUUUUCGUGUGUCAAGGUUGAUGCGUCGAUAGGAGUUGGGAUAUUUCUAUCUGUUAAUUUUUGUUUAGAAAAGCUCGUUUCAGAAUUUUAAGACGGUUAAUUUUGGUUUUCUCAAUAUGUUUCUGGCGUUGCUUUUUCAGAACAGAGUCUCUUAUGCUUUUUCUAAUUGUGGUUUUACCAAUCAAUCAAAUAUUCGGAAAACAAAGGUAAACAGAAUAACAAGUUAAUUUCAAGUAAGAAGUAAUUAAAAACAAAAACUUGGAAAUAUAUUUAACUCUUCGUUGUCCUUCUAUCCCUUCUAUUUUACCAAUGACUAAAAUCUGUUUACCUAACAAAUACAAACUUCAAAUAAAACAAGCUUUAGAUGGAAAUUUCAUUGUGCUUUAUCAACCUGCUCCAAAUUCAUUUAUUAUCAUACAAAAAAAUGAAGGAAUUACACAUAAUAAAAGUGAUCAUAAUAUUCAUCAAGAAAUUGAACAUCAUGAUAACUUAAAUUCUUCUAGUAUAAAUACAAAUGAUUGUCAAUCAAAAUAUCAUUCACGUCGUCAACGACGACAACGAUUUCGUGUAGUUAUUGGACCACAAUUAUGUAAUUGUCAAAAUGAAAUUAUGCAUGAAACAGGAAUGACUAUUAGGUUAACUGAACCAUGUGUUCACCUAUUGUUUGUUAUGUUGCAUGUUCUUAAAAUACCGAGUGAUGAUCCACAUUUAAUAGCGACACCUUUACCUAGUUCAAAAGCUGAAUUUUGGAUUGAAAAGUAUCGCAAUCAUCGUCAUUCAUUAGUCCAGUCCUACAAUAAAAAUAGAAGAAACUCAAAUACAUUGAAAAAUGAAGGAAAUCAAUCAGAAACACUUAAGUUUUCAGAAAAAUCAAUCAACUCUGAAAUGUCAAAUACUCGUCUAAUCAUUCCUCAGCCCAUUCGUCAUGAAAAAACAAAUAAUUUUCUUCAUUUACGUGCUAUUAUGAAUCCAAGUGCCUAUGAUUCUAGUGAAUUGUCAUCGAUCACGCAAGACAUUGUCCCUGUAUCUAGAAGAGAGACUGAAAGUGCAGGAACAUGUGACCCAAGUACUUCAUAUACAACAGCAACCUCAAGGACAAGUUCCAUUGACAGUAUAGAAAGUUGUAAAUUAGACACAUCCUGUCGAUCAAAUGACCAACAUUGCCGUCCCCGCCAUCAAACUACAUUUUCGUGCUCCUCUAAUUCGGAAACGGCCUUGUCCUGUCGACGGCCUCAAACCGCUCCUCAGCCUGAACUUCCACCCAGACUAGGUCGAACAAGAGCCAAAUUUGUCAGGCAUUCUGCUUCAUCAACAACAUUUCGUCCAGUAAGAGAUUGUAGUCCGUUAAUUCUUCGUGAAGGAUGCUUAACACCAAUUGAAUCGGAAGAGAAUAGUACCAAUAAUAGCCUGAAAUAUCGGACUCCAAUGACAUCAACAAAUAAAAAUACUACUGCUAUCACCACUACUGUUUACACAGAUAAUUAUGAUAAAUUACAGGACCCGCUAAUUACUACAACACCUGUGAUUACAAAUAAACUCAGUCACUCAACAACUACCGCAGAUUUACUUCAUGGUCCUACAUCCAGAUCAAAUUUCACUCAUGCAAGACGUUCAUCAUUUAAACCAACUACCUCAAUGAAACAAAAAUUUUUGUUUCAUAAUACUCCAAUUAAUCUACCAUUGAUCACUAAUAAUCAAACAUCCACAACUGUAAAUCACGUUAAUACUUUUAAUAGCACACUAACUAGUAAGCAACAUAUCUGUCCUCCUUCUGCACAACAACAAACAUCAGUUCAUGUAACUGGAACUGCAAUUACAUCUACAAAUAAUACUACUGUGUUAGAUGAAUCUGCUAAAAUAUGUACCUUAUGUUUACGUAAUUGUCAUGUCGAGACUACUAUUAACAGUAGUAAUCAUAAUGGGAAUAAUUUGAUUGUAGAUAGUGGUGGAGGUGGUGGCAAUAUCAAUCUAAUUGAUCCAAUAUUAGUUUGUCAAUCUAUGCUUCCAUAUUACGAUGAUGACAGUACUGAUAAUGAUAUUAAUAACGAAAAGAGAGCCACAUCUAUUUGUGGAGCUAUAUUUCAUACAAGCUGUUGUAAAAUCUGGUUAGAAGAAAUUCAGAGUGAUGGUGAUUCACCACAAUGUCCAGUAUGUGGCUGUGUAUGGAUUCAUAUCCCUAGUUUUGAUAGUCAUGUAAUAUGUGACAAACCUGAUGAUUCUGAUAAAAAUUCAAAUCAUACAAAAUGUAUUUGUUAUUUAUCCUCAUCAGAACAAAUUAAUAAUCAACAAACAGAUAAUAACAAUGGUCAACAAAUGAAAAGUAAUCAACAUGAUGAUCAACAUCAGUCCUAUCACGGAUAUCAUAAUCAAAAUAAUGAACAACAACAAAUGAAUGAAACACUCCGCUUUACAUAUCAACCAGUAAAUUUAAACGCUGAUUUAAAUUUAACGGAAAAUAUGACCGUCGUAAACACUUUGUUGCCAGAUCCACCUUUUUCUGAGUAUAACAGUUGUGUUUCUGCUUUCUCAUUGGAAAUUGCUAAUGGACUAAUUUCAUGUGAUUGGACCGUUAGACAAUAUGCAUUACAAAAAGCAACUCACUUAACAAUAAGUCAAGUAAUUCUAGCUAGACAAUGUAAUUUACUUUCAAGUCAUAAUAAUCUUGUUUGUUCAUUGAAUCACCAUGAUGGAAAUUGUGCUACACCAGCGAAAUGUCAAUUAUAUACAGGACCGGAUUGUGUGAAAGUAAUGUUUAAGUUAAUUCAGUUUCUUCUUGAUGAUCCUGUCGAUGCAAUAUUCACUGAUGCUUUGCGAGCUUUUCGUGAGUUACUUGGAUAUUUAGUUGCUUAUAAUAAAGAAACACAAACGGUACUGCAAAAAGCAAUUGGUCCAAUCCUACGUCGUCUAUUACGCUUCGUAGGUGGACAAAGUAACUUAUGGAAUCUACGUAAUCCGGAAUCAUUUUUACCGUUAGCAACUCAUCAACAAAAUGAUGAAAAUAAAACAGUUACAAAUUGUAAUCUGACAAAUAAUAAUUCAUCUUAUUUAGAUAUGAAAAAAUCUGCCAGUUGUCAAUUAAAUGUUAAAAUUGAUGAAAAUAAUCUCACAAAACCUACGAAUGAAUUAAGUAUUGUACAACCGAAAAUACCAGCUGGUGCCAACUUUCGUGAUCGUUGCAAUCUUGCGUUAGCGACACUUAUAGAACUAGCCAAAGGACAAACAGGUGCUUUAGCUAUCGGUCGAGAAGUUCACUCUGCUUCUCAAUGUUUACCUGUUAGUGGAAUACAACACAUGGUACGUUUUGUUUUAAGUUCUGCAAAGUUUCAUGCUACUCAUUUAAUCGGUCGUCUAACAGUUGUUGAUAAACUAAUUCGAAUGCAUCAAACAAGAAGAAAAUUACUAAUGCAACAACAAUCACAACGUCGUGAAUCCUUAUCAUUGUCAUCUGAUUUAAGUAUCAAGAAUAAUCCUGAUAAUAAUAGUAAUAAUAAUAAUAAUAAUAAUACUGACAUGUCAUCACCAAUGGAUAAGUCAUCAUCAGUUGUUAAAGAUGAAACAAAUUCAUCAUCAUCAUCACUAACAACACCAUUGUCAAUAACAGACCAAUCAUUAGCUAGACGACAUUUGUGCUCUACUAUAAUAUUUGCUCGACGUCAUUUAUUACCGAUUUAUCCGAAACCGGAUAAUAUGACUAUGUGUUUUCCAUAUCAUUAUCAAUUGCAAUCAACUGAUGCACAUUGUGGUGAUUUUUUAUCAGGAUUACCACCACCAUCAUCAUCAAUAUCAUCAGCGAUGAGAACGAUUAAAACUACAACAACGGAUCAACAUCAACACCAGAAUGAAUUAAAUAAUGUGGAUUAUUAUCAUUAUACACAAUAUAAAGCUAACCGAAUUGCUAGACGAGUCUUUCUCACUGCUGCCAGAGCAUUACUUACUUGGCAAAGUGAAGAAAUUUUUGAUCGUUAUGAUCCAAUUCCACCGUCUACGUUUAAUGCAAAUUCAUUUAUUGAAUCAGAAAUUAAUCGAUUGGAUGCACCACUGGCUACAUGGUUUCGAAAUCGAUUGUGUUUGCUACUUUACUCAUCAAAUGAAACAUCUAAUGUACAUGGAAUAACUAAGAAUAAUAGUUGGAACAUUUCAUUAUCAAAUCAAUUACCAACAGAUAUUAAACAAUCAUAUGCUACACCAUCUAAUACUGAUGCCCUAGCUUUAUCAUCAUACAUAACAUGUCCAGCUUAUAACAAAAACAUCGGUAAAAUAGAAAAAUCCAAUAGAAUAGACGAAGUUAAUUCUUCUAAAGAUAUUUCAAGUCAACAACAGCGAUAUGAACAACAAGGUGCUCAUAAUUCACUACAUCCACUAGAUGAAGAGUUAUCUUUUAAGAACACUUCUUUCUCUUCUAUAAAAAUACCACCAAUCCCACCACCAAGAAGAUUAGCUAUCAGUAAUUCUGAAUUAAUAAUUGAUUAUAAAAAAGAUUCCACUAGAUCUGAGAAUGAUAACAGUAUUAAUGCUCCUGCUGCUACUGUUAAUAACGGUGAUGAUGAUGAUGAUGAAAGCGAAAAUACUAAAAAGAUUAAAGCUCAAAUUUUAAAAUCAUCAUUUGCUCGAAUUGCACUGGAACCAGCGUAUGAUCUGGUUGCAUUAUCUGAAUCUGGUAACUAUAGUAGUGUAAGUGAAUUUGAAGAUGAUGACGAGGAUGAUGAUGAAAAUGAAGGGGAAGACCAACAACAGCAACAACAAAAUAAUUUAAACGAACCAAUUUAUACAGGUCGAUCACUUGGUUCCGAAGCUGAUUUACAAUGUGAACAAGUUACUGUCUUAAGAAAUGCCUUAACACGUUCUACACAUCAAUUAAAACCUUUAUUGCCAAUACCUGGUCUGUCAUUUGUCAUGAGUUCAUUUCAACAAACUAAAAAAUUACCUAAUUCAGAUGAAUAUUAUGAAUCCGUUGAUUGGAUACGUGGUCCUAUUCUAGGUCAUGGUGCAUUUUCACAGUGUUACCAAGCACGUGAUGUUAGGACUGGCCUUCUAUUAGCUGUAAAGCGUAUACGUCUUGGUCGAAAUGGUAUGUUUUCACUUUUCUCUUCAGAGAAGAACAAAGCAUAUCCAUCACAAAUACAUCAACAAAAUGACCAUAAAAAUGAACCAAAUUGUAACAAUAAUAAUGAUAAUAGCAAUGAUAAUAAUAAUGGUCAACAAAAUCCAAUUUAUCAUCGUCCAUUAUCACCGACAUCUUUAAAUCAAUUAGCUGAAGUUGAAACCGAAGUACGUAUUAUGCUCCAGUUAGAUCAUCCUAAUAUUCUACGUUUAUUUGGUGCUGUGCAUUGCGUAAAACGUGGGUUCGUUGAUUUAUUUAUUGAAUGGAUGCCAGGGGGUAGUAUAACAAGUUUAUUACAGCAAUAUGGAGCUUUUAAUGAAUCAAUUACGCUAAAUUAUGGUAUACAAUUAAUACGUGGUUUAGCCUAUUUACACAAACAUGGCAUAUUGCAUCGUGAUUUAAAAGGUGCUAAUCUUUUGAUCGAUAGUACUGGGACUGUUAUCAAAAUAUCAGAUUUUGGAGCCUCAGCUCGUUUAAGUGGUGAACAAAGUGUUGCUGGUCAAUUUCAAGGACAAGUUAUAGGUACAUUUUCAUUUAUGGCACCAGAAGUACUUCGAGGUGAAACAUAUGGUAGAGCUUGUGAUAUUUGGUCUGUUGGUUGUUGUCUAGUAGAAAUGCUUACAAGUAAACCACCAUGGCAUGAUGCUAGAUUAACAAACCGUUUUGCUCUUAUGUUCACUAUUGCUACUUCCAACUCUCCUCCUACAUAUCCGAAAGAUUUGACUACUGAUCUUAUCGCCGUUCUAGAUGCUUGUUUUGCACGUAAUCCAUCUGAUCGUCCAACAGCGAACCAACUAUUAACUUUCAAUGUAUUUGCACGCCUUAUUAGUCAACAGCAAUCAGUUACUUCAUUAGAACAAACGAAACAAGCGUUGAUAUCAUCCUCAGUACCAACAUCUAAUGCAAUAAAAACGCAUAAAAACACUGAUAAAACGUUAAAAUGUCAGAUAAACUCAAUGAAAUUCAGUACAAAGUCUUCAUUUAGCUAUCAACGUUUAUUUAAAACAUUCCAAUCAAGUAAAAUUAGCUCUACACUGAAUGAUAAAAAAGUGACAGUAGUUGAAGAAGCGGAAAAUGAAGAGAGUGAAGAUGAUGGUGAGGGUGGUGUGGGUAGUUUUGAGAGUGAUAGUAAAGCUUUAGCUACAUCUACACAUCUUAAACAUAUUCAACAUCAUUCUGAUAAACAUCGUCUUCAAAAGCAGCAUAAUCAGCAUUUCGAUGACAGUGGACUUGUGACUAGGCGAAGAAAGACAAGAAGACCAACUUUACCACCAUUAAAUUUUCAUAGAAAAUAUCAUCCGCAUACACCUGUUGUCUUCUCAUCCUUCAAAUGAUGAUAGAUCACACCAUUUUAAGUUAUCAUGUAAAUAUUUAAAUUGUCAGAAAUGUAGUUUGUGGGCAUAGAAGCAUGUAUAUCCAAGACAUAAGUUGUUUUUUUAAACAUUUAUUAUAGGUAUUUUCUCUUCUGAAAUAUAUCAUUAAAUUUAUUUAAGUCUUUUAUUUCUAUUCUAAAAUGAAUUGUAAUUUUUAUAUUAACGGUUCACAGUUUUAAAUGUUGUAUAAAUUGGUUGUUGGUAUGGUAUUUCUAAAAAAUAAACAAAACAAAACAAAAAAAAAGAGAGAGAGAGAGGGAAUUUUCUCAGCUUUAUUUACAUUAUUCUUUUGUCUACUACUGAUAAUAGAAAGAAAGAAAAACAGAAACGUUCUUUUCUAUCAUUGUUGUUCAUAUAAUAAUAUGGAUUUUUUUAAUUUUAUUUAUUCAAUGAUCAUUACUAUUAGUAGGAUUAUUCCAUUACUGUUGUUAAUUAUUAAUUGAAUCGUAUAAUUUGUAUUAUUUAUCAUUAUUAUUAUUAUUAUUAAUGAAUGAAUGAAUGAAUGAAUGAAGGAUGGAACUCGACAUAUUUGUAAAUCUUUCAUUUUAUAAUUAUGUAUAAAUGAUAUGAGAGAUACAUAUUUCUUUACUUAAAUAACAUUCUUAUUUAUCCCAGUUGAUUCAUUUUAUUUACUUCAGUAGUUAUAUAUGGUUUAUUCAUUAAUCUUCCAUUAAUGAUAAUUGAUUUGAUUCAUUGAAAAGAGAAGAAAAGAAAAAAAAAGACAAACAGUAGUAUUCUAGGUGUACUUUACUGAUAGUGAAAAGACAAAAAAGAGAAGAAAAUAGUUCAAUCAAGCAAGUAUUUCUUUGAAAUAUUAUUAUUAUUAUUUUUAAUUAUGACUAUUGUUUAUACUUAGGUUAUUUAUCACUGAUUACAAAGGGAACUUGUCUAAAAAUAAUGAUUGUCUUUUUCUUCAUCUCUUUAUGUUCUUCCUCUUCAAGUUAUAUUCUAUCAAUCUGGGUUGUUUACUAUGAGAAGAAAAAACAAUUUGAUUUUUCUCACGAAAUUUGUAUUCUAUUGAUUGAUUGAUUGAUUGAUUUUUGUUUUAAUCGUCAAAUAUGUUUUACAAUGUAAAUGUGGUGAAAUAAUCAUCAUCCUUUAUCAUCGUUUUACAGAAAUACGUUUCUUUGUUUUCUAUCAAUUUACUUUUUUUGCUCAUAUUGAUAUUAUGGUUUUUUAAUGGUUGCUGUUAUAUAUUAUCGUUGUAUUAUUAUUAUUAAGACAAUCAAACUGAGUCAAAAUUUUUCUCGUUAGCAAUAUAUUACUAUUACUACUACUAAUUACUAUUAAUGGAAAUAACUAGGAUGUUUUUCUACUAUAUACACAAACCAACCGUAAUACUCAUUACAAUAUUUGUGAUAAUCAGUUAUAAUUGAAUGUUUUUAUUCACAUUAGGAUUCUGAUAUUGCAUUGUUUUUUUGUUUGUUUAUUAUGUUUGUUUUUUUAAGAAAAAUAUUUCUCUUUCAACUUAUGACACCUUUAUCACAGACAGAUACAUCACUUUGUACAAUCAACAUUCUUUUUCUUUUGUAUUUAGUUAUUUAUUAGAUUGUUUUAAUAAAUAUUUUCUCAGAAAAGGAAAAAAUAAUAAUACAAGAAUACACACAAUGAUUUAUAUCAUA